AUGUACUGCGCAAUGGGACUUGAAGUUGCCCCAGAUAUUGCUCCAAAUACUUUCUCCGCAGCAAAAAGAUUUCUGGGCAUCCAUUUUUCCCAGUUUUUAGCGGCCCCAUUGCCAUUAGGAGGUUUUGCGGAAGGGGCGAAUGCAAGUGGAGAAGGGGAUAUGGGCAGAAAGUUUUGGUGCCCGAUGAGCAGCUUCGGUACUGCUAAACUUUUGUUGGAAAUUGUGGGUGUGGUAAAAGGAAAGAAAAAGUCGGAGCAGUCGGCCGUGCACCAUGACCGGUUCUUCUUCAUCGCCGCCGCAAAACGGACCGAAAAUCCCCUUUCCGCUGCCACUUUCCAGAUCUACCAAACUCCAGCAACUUUCUUCCGCGCAAUCAACCACCUGCACGCCGGAGAACGCCACGUAAGCCACCGUCCCCACCCGAUCCACGGCGAAGCUCAGCUGGGCGGCGGCGUUGGCGCUGCGGCAUUGCCGCCACGAUUCCUCGAGGAGCGGCGUCGAUGCCAGAUACGCCGCUAG